UCACUUCUACCUCCCUCCUCAUUGUCUCCCUCCCUCUCUGCAGGACCUCCAUCUCCUCCCUCCACUCCACAGUGUCACAUCCCCUAUACGGAGGGACGACAGGCAGAUAUCCACUGUUUCUGGGAUCCAGGACAGGACCCACAGAUCCCCACCUCCUACAGCCUGCAUUGGAAUUCUACGGAGGGCAUUAGCAGCGCGGUGGAGGGCACCAAUGUGAGUGGCGUGAUCCCUCGUGAACUUUACACCAGUUACAGUGACCUGACUGUGUUGGUCAAAGCUGCGAACCAGCAUGGCUCUGCCACGUCUACAAUGGCUGCCUUCAACACUGGCGAUAUCAAAAAGCCACCCACCCCUGAAAUCACUCACUAUUGCCCUCAGCCUCUGGAGAUCUACUGGAUUGUGCAGUGUGAGGAUCAAGGCAGCUCUGACCAACUCUGUGAGGUCCAGUAUCGUACCCAGGACCAGCAGGGCUGGACUCAGAAAGAGGACAUCCUACGCAGCUUCCUGCUCCUGACUCCACGGCCCUACACUGUUUAUGAGUUCCAGGUGCGCUGUGCCUGUGAGGGCCCUCAGGCCCUGAUGAGUGACUGGAGCUCAGUCUACAAAGCAUGGAGUUCUGAGUCAGCGCCUGUGAAAGCAUUGGAUGUGUGGAGUGACUGUGGAGUCACCUCUGAGCCACCUCAAUGUGCCCUUAUGUGGAAGGAGAUGCCCACCUGGUUGGUUCAGGGGAAGGUGCUGGGGUACGUGGUGACAUUAUCAUACAGUAACGGGACAGUGGCGGUUGUGAACGUGUCCAUGUCAGAGCCUGGUGACCUUUGUGUGUGUCAAGAGAAGAGAUGCCGCUUCACACCCUCUCUGCGGGGUGUAUCAGGGGUGGAUGUGUCCGUCUACAAUUCCCAGGGUGCCACCAAACCUGCUCCCCUAGCUCUACCCACAUCAGGUCUACAGUUGCCAGAGCUAUCCUUCACUGUGAACCAGGAUAUAUUGAGCCUCAAUGUAUCCUGGUCUCUGCCACCCCAGCCCAUUGAAAACAUGCAUGAGUAUGUGGUGCAGUACAAGCAGGUGGGACUUCCUCCGACACAGGGCUUUGAUUGGAUAAAAGUGCACCAAAAUCAUACGUCAAUCAUUUUAAGAGGUGAUUUUGAGAACCACACUGCCUACAAUGUGUCAUUGUUUGCAGUGUUCAUCAACAGUAGUUGCCUGCUUGCGUCUGCAAUCUCGUAUUCUCUUCAUGGACUCCCACCCAAAGUGACUGAGUUCAAGGUCCAGUACAUCUCUGACUCUAAUGUGACUUUGUCCUGGCAACACAUCUCCCUGACCCAGAGUAAGGGGCUCAUACUGUGCUAUCAGCUGGUAUUAAACAACGUUACAGUGUACAACGUGAGUAGGGACCAGAACAGCCUUCAUCUGUUAAGACUUACGUCGGGUCACCACCAGGUUUGGAUCAGGGCUGAGACUAAGGCUGGACUGGGACCCAGUGAAACCAUCACCUUCUCUACUGAGAACAGCCCUGGUUACCUCAAAUAUCUGGUGCCAGGAAUAAUAGCAGGGAUGUUGCUAUUGAUCAUCAUAAUUGUACAAAUGAAGACUUGUGCGAAAGUGCCUGACCCCAGCAACAGCAAACUGCUCCAACAGAUGAAGUUGCAGUUUAACAGCUCCUUGACGGCGAUCUUCUCUCCUCUGGAGUCUAACCCAAAGAUCUCUGAGCUGGAGGUGGUGGAAAACCCUUUCUGGGGUGCCAAUUCCUGUGCUAGGAAAAGGUCCAGCCCUGAUGGACAGACAGAGGGGGUGGUGGGAGAGGAGCGCACCCACAUAAGGACUGGUGAAGAGGCGGAAAAGGAGGAGGAUGCAGACAAGGGUUACAGUAAAAUUAUUGAUACUGACGAGGAGGAGAGGGAAGGGGGAGAGUCCGGGAGCUUGUUUGAGGACGAUCCGUUGGUUUCGGACUAUGAGAAGCAUUUCAUGCCUGUGGAUGUAUGACCCUACUGUCUGUCUGGUGUGGUGCUACCGAUCAACUCUUUUGCUGUGUGUAUGAUCUCCUCAUUGCAACGACAAGACAGCCAUUGUUCAGUCGGAACCCCAAGGGCCAAACAGGUCAAUUGUGGGCUAUUGUGCUUGUUGAUCUAGAUGCAGAUCACUGAUUCAUGGGAAAGGGUUGCCCUAAAAACAACACGAGUGCACAAGUUGAAAUACGCCACUCGUCUUGUUUUCAAGGAAAGGAAAAGGGAUGUAUUUGACCGUUUGUUUUCCAUGCUCCAACUACAAGGAAUGUUGUUUAGGAACAGUAAACCUUUUUUUUUACAGCAAAUGUAUACCUAUGUGAAAAACCACGUUGCCUACGGUGUACACUGUCAUGACGUGGCCCUCUUUGGAUAUAGCAAGCACCAACUCUCUCUCUCUCACUACCUCUCUCUUCCCCCUACACCCAGGCUCUGUUAUCUCAGGUCGUAAAUUCCUGGAGGAGACUCUCUUCCCCCGAGGCCAUGCAGUAUAGAGAGAAGGUUCACAGUAGAACAAAGGAACUUCUUCUACCUCACAGAACUUGAGAACUGAACAAUAUCCAUGUUUUGGAGAAUGUGUAAACGGUCGGUGGAGAAUCCAGCUAUGACCGGUCCAUUUUGUCUAAUGUUUGUGACCUCAUGAGAGACAAUACAGCCACAUUACCAUAACUCUGUUUAUACAAGAGUCUCUGUUAUGAGAUUUGCAUCUAAUUAUUGUAUAAAAUGAAUGAGUAAAGAUUAAACUAUUUGUGAAAUUAUGUAAUGUUAUUUUAAACUGUUUAAUGAAAGAGAAUCCAAUUCCCUUUAAAAUGUAACUAAGUCAUUGGCCCCCCACAUGAGCACAGACAUUGAUCUGGCGUCAUGGGACAGCCCUUUUCUGCUGUUCCGAAUAUAAACCCCACCUGGAGAAGCCCACUCCAGACCAUGCGUACCUCCAAUUACUGAGAGGGCUAAGGUUUGAGUAGAGACCAUGCAUUCCUCGAUUGUUGAAUUCCUAACCAAACCACGUGGAGCAUUGGCUACACUGGUGGAAAUGGUUAAACUCUGAGACUAUUGAUACCGACAGAAUAAGAGCAAAUCUUCGAUACUAAUUACUAGUCUGCAGCUAGAAUUUAUGUUGACAAUGCGAGGACCGACAACCGCCAAAACAUUUAUUCUAUAAGAACAUUUCUGAAUGGGACUCUGAAGUAUCCAUUCUAACCACGAAAGACUCCAGGGAUGCAAAGAGAAGUUCAGAUUAACUUUCCAACAGAAAGACGGACGAUUCCAACAGAGAUCAUGACGACACACUGAGCGUAAAUAUAUAUAUUGAUUGCAAUUAUUCCCGAAUGAGUGAGCAUUCAUGUGCAAAGGAGUAGCAUUUCAAUUAUUAUAAUUAUUAACUGUGUAGUUAGUGUCUUUUGUCUUUCGCGCCCUUCUCAGUCCCUUUGUCUACCAAGCGUCAUAUCGGUUUAGCCCACUAGGACACAUCCCUUAUUGUUUCCUUGUAACUGUAUCUACUGUUUGUUUGUUAUGCAUGUCUGUGAUUAUUUAGUUAGUAAGUAAAAGAUUAAGACAA